UCUGAUCGUGGGGCCAGAGAUCGGCUACACGUUUUUGCCGACAGUUGAUUCACUAAAGAAGUGCUUGUACAGAAUUUUGGUAGAUGGCAAGGGAGUACUCGCCAAGAAGGGUGAGGUUGCGAGAAACAGAGCAAUGCAGCUAUUUACUGCAGCAAAGAUGGCAGCAGCUUAUGAAAGGCUCUUCCUUUGCAUCUCUGAAGGGGCUAAAGUAAAGGAUAACAUUGAUUACUGCAAAUACCCACUUCCAUGGGACCGACGUAGGUGAUAUUGCUGCAUUCAUUUGGAUGGGCAUUAGUGCUGCAAUAAACAAACUGUAGCUGAUAUAGUGCUGCCUCCAUUAAGGUUUUAUGCGCCAUGAGAUGGCAGUCAUCUAGUGUUUUGCAUAAUGUCUUCUAGGAGCAAAUCUAGCUAUAUAUACCCCAUUGUCGAUCAUAUUCUGUGCAUUGAAGAGUAAGAGAUGGAAGUUACAAUGAAGUACCUCUGCAUUCUUGGAUUGUUUGUGGUUGCAAGUAUCAGUGGGUUGGAGAGGGUCAACGGAGCUGGGGAAUGUGGAAAGGUUCCUGUGGACAGGAUGGCCUUUCGGAUGGCUCCGUGUGCAUCAGCAUCACAAGACGCCCAGGCCCAGGUUUCAAGCAGGUGCUGUGCAGAGGUGCAGAAGUUAGGCCAGAACCCAAGUUGCCUCUGUGCUGUUAUGCUGUCGGAUACUGCAAAGAGUGCUGGAGUCGAUCCUGAAGUGGCAAUCACAAUUCCCAUGCGGUGCAACCUGGCAGAUCGCCCUGUGGGAUACAAAUGUGGUGGGUAUACCUUGCCUUGAAGGACAGAGGGUUGAAGGAAGACUGGAGACCGCUACUAGUAGCUGCUGGUGUGAUGAUGAUGAUGUUGUAGCUCCUGUUGGCUUAAAUAUGAUGUUGAAAAUGCCAUAUGAUGUCAGACUUGGUGUAUGAACAUAAUAAAUAAAUGGCUGCUUUCUGUGUUGAGACUUGCAUGAGAGCAGUCUUGGCUCCUGUUCUGGCGACAAAGUUCUUCGAUUAUAUCACCGUGUUAUGAACUAAAUGCAUCUAAGUUCUGUU